AAACGCAAGCCAAAAUGUUUCAUCCUCGAGCGCAACGGUAUCAAGGACUCAUUAAGCAUCGACCGGCUGAAACCGGCAUACCUGGAGUCUCCUAUACUGCAGUCGGCAGUUAGAAAUCAUUUCUUUGUUCCUACAACCCCAAUAACUGUAGACCCUCUACCACUCUCCUCUUCCCCACCACCGCAAUCUCCACCCGAAGAUACUCAGGACUCUUGUGUUUUCCCUCCUCACCCCCUUCAACAUGAACCCUAUUACACCCGCUACGACCGAAAGUUAUUUUCACCUCCUGAUUGGCCGACUAUGUACAUUCGGUUUCUACAAACGCUCUAG